UUUACACACACACAGUGUGUACCGUCGAGGAAGAAGAAGCGUCCAGCGCGUUUACUGUACAAACACGGUUGAGCAGUAAAUUGUUGUUUUUAGUUUAACUUUUAAUCACCUAAGGUGAACCAUGUCGGAAAGAAAAGUUUUGAAUAAAUACUAUCCUCCGGAUUUUGAUCCAUCUAAAAUCCCUAAACUCAAACUGCCCAAAGACCGUCAGUAUGUCGUUCGAUUGAUGGCACCAUUUAAUAUGAGGUGUAAAACGUGUGGAGAAUACAUUUACAAAGGGAAGAAGUUCAAUGCCCGUAAGGAGACUGUUCAGAACGAACUGUACCUGGGGCUUUCCAUUUUCAGAUUCUACAUUAAAUGCACCAGAUGCCUGGCUGAGAUCACAUUCAAGACAGAUCCAGAGAACACAGAUUACGCCAUGGAACAUGGAGCAACACGCAAUUUUCAGGCAGAGAAACUGAUCGAAGAGGAGGAGAAAAAGAUCCAACAGGAGCGAGAGGAAGAGGAACUCAACAACCCCAUGAAGGUCCUGGAGAACCGCACACGGGACUCAAAGAUGGAGAUGGAGGUGCUGGAGAACCUGCAGGAGCUGAAGGAGCUGAACCAGAGGCAGGCACAGGUGGACUUUGAGGGCAUGCUGGACCAGUACAAAGAGAUGGAGCGGAGACAGAGAGAGAGAGAGAAGGAGGAAGAUGAACGAGAGACCAAAGAGAUGUUGGAGAGAGCUCUGGUCAAACGACUGAGGGACUCAGACUCUGAAGAGGAGGCAGAAAAUGCAAAAGACAGAGGCAGGAAACCCACAGCUGAUAAACCCACAGAUAUCCUCACCACAGACGGGAGCUCGGGAUCACAGGGCUCAUCGUCUGUGAGCGUCAAGAAACAGAAGGUGGAGAGCUGGGAGAGGAGUGUCGGAGGUCUGGGUGGGAAGGGAGCUCUGGGGUCUCUGGUGGUGAGGAAGAAACCAGCUCAUUCUGGCUGUAAACCUGUUUCCACUGCACCACGACAGGCUGCUGACACACAAACAGGCACAGGUGCUGCCAAACCCGAGUCCUCCACAGCAUCCAACGGACAACCAGCCGCAUCUCAGAACGGUUCUUCUCUCAGCCUCUUGGGGGCGUAUACAGACAGCGACGACAGCAACUCCGACUAGAAUGGAGAAAAUGCUGUGCCGUUUUGGCCAAUGAAAUUAAAUGUAUAUUUUCAGACCAGCAAAAAUGACCACCUCACUUUUCACAGCCCACUUUAAGUUGCCUUAACCCGGACUCUUAUUUUUCAGUAAUGAACUUUUUAGCUGAAGGAGCAUUGUUUAUGAGAAGCUGUUUCCAUUGCCUGGAUUUCAUUCGGGCUGCAACAUCAUCCCGCUGUCUCUAAUGUACUCUAUAAUGUGCAUCUAAUGUAUUAUGCACUCUAUAAUGUAGUAUUUGUUUCUCCUUGUUUGUUCAAUCAAUACGAGGAAAUGCAUUUGAGGGUUUAAGUGGAGAUAAGUAAAUCAGAAUCUUAUUUCUACUGAUCAUUUCUAAUCACACAUCAUCUUAUUUCAUCUUCCCAGACAUUAAACAAAUAAAAUGUUCCUUGUGUUUUGUUUCCAA